AUGAAUUUGGUGUUAGUCCUCGCCUGGUUGGUGCUGCAGAAUGUGCGGCAAGUCGGUGAAGAGUUCGAGGCGGCCACAAGUGACCGCAUGCAUCAGCAGGAGCUGUACUUGAACGAGAAGAUGGCACAGCUGCUGCUGGACAUUGAGCAGAAGAACAUGGAGCAGAGCAGGGCGGGAAGGCGAGCCCUGCUCCUAGCUGCGUUGCAGUCCUGGAAGGUUUGGGCGGCUGUGUGUCUUCUGGUCCUUCUAGUUUGGGUUGUGUGGAAGCUCCAUCAGAAGGACCAGAGGACGAAAAAAAGGAGCGGCAAGGAGGGCUGUGGCAGUGAGAAGGAGGAGCUAGAAGUGCAACAGGUGCAGGAGCAGGAGGAGGAGCAGGAGGAGGAGGAGGAAGAUUUUGAAGGGCUUUUGUAUGCGGGCAUCCAACCACCAGCGAAGGAUCUUGCGCACAAGUGCCGAGCAAUGCGCUGUCUGGUUUCCAAACUCCUCCAUGCCUGCCGAAUCCUCCUGUCGGACAGCUUCUAUCCAGUGCCACAGCCCCCCAUUGGGGUGGGCAGUGCCUAUGAGGGCUGGUGUCCCCGUGAGGAUGACCCUGUCUUCUGCCUGCUUGUGCCCCUGACGGCCCCCCGCGGGCACACUUUCCACCUGGAGCUGGGCACCGCAAGGCAGCUGCCGGCAAGGAACUGCCGGAUCCGCGUCGAGUUGGAGUGCACGUGCAGGACGGAGGAGGAGACGGGCGUGCUGUGCUUCCUCCACAGCACUGAGGACAGGCUGAGAAAGCAGGCGCCCAGCCUCCUACACACCCUUUGCACUGGCCGCUACCUAGAUGCAGAGAAGAUCGCCCACUGGCUCCCGGGACCGAUCCAAGAUGCCUGGAGAAGGAUGCCUGAGUCAGCAAGGUGCCGCAUCAAUGUGCGGCCGUACAGCCGCUCCUGCAGGCUUCACCUGAUUGACGGCUUCAACAGAAUCUUUAUCAUUAAGAUAAUGUUUGGAGUGCGGCAAUACGGUACAGACAUCUUUCUGAGCAGCCAGAAAACAGAGGGCGUCGUUAUCCCCAGCACGACCUGGCCACAGAGCUGUGCUGUGGCAGAGGUGAAGUUCUUCAGGCAUAUAGCCGCGCAUGCCUGGGAGGACAGUUUCCACCUCAGAUGUAUGCAGGUGUGUGCCUGUCUCCUGGUGGGCUGCAACUUCUCUGCCUACGAAGUGAAGACAGCUGUCAUGCACCUCCUGACGGUCGUCCCUCUGGAACGCUGGCGCGGGAGGCACUUUCUGCAGCGGAUGGACGACGUCUUGCGGUACCUGCGCUGCUGCCUGGACGAGAGAUGCCUGGAGCACUUCCUCGUAGGAAACGAGGCAGUACCUGCAGAGAUCAUCUUGCCCCGGGAGUUCCGAGUGUCCACACCACUCAACCUCUUCCAGCGCCUGGUGCAGGAGCGGGCCAAUCACAUUUGGGUGCAGCGUGACCUGGAUGAGCUGCCAGAUCGGCUCGUGAGACUGCUCAUCUCCCGGCAGCGACAGACGCCCACUUGUCCCCAGACCGCGUUCAGCUGA